AUGCGAGAUAUUGAUGAGAACGUUGCUUUUGCCUCACUUUACAAUAAUCAAUUCGGAUUAAUAUUUGGACGUUCUGAAAGUAUUAAUUUGGCAGCUUCUACCUCUGUGAUUGAAGGACUUCCUGAUGAACAGAGGACAUCUCCAGUUCGACGCACAUUUCUGCUCGCUGUUCUUUUCGACAUUAUUCUAAGUUUUAUUCUGUGGAUUAUAUAUACUAAACAAACGUAUCCUCUCAGUAUUGGUGAUGCAAUGUUGGAAGAAAUAAAAAAUUAUGAUUUCUCUAAAUCACUUUUCGAUACAGUUAUGUUAUCAGCUUUCCGGUUUAUUCUUAUGGAAAUAACUUAUGGCGUAGUUCAAAGUCGCACUCCGUGGUGGUCCGCUAUUUCUACUGGUUUAACAAGUUUAAUUCUGGUUGUUAAAUGUUUCAUUUUUAAUUUUCAUCAAAGGACUCCAGAUAAUCAAGGUCUAGCGUAUGCUGUUUUAAUCGCAUCAUUAAUCAUUUCAUGGAUUGAAACCACCUUCCUAAUUUAUCGCGUCAUUCCUCAAGAAAAAGCUGCCAAUCGUGUAACAAUGUGUUUAAAAGAGCAGGAUGAAACUCGAAGUUUGUUAAGUUCACGACUUGAGAAUCGUGUUCCUUGGUAUUCUGGUCUUUCUGUACGGUCUAUGAGCAAUGCAGAUUUUUAUACACCACAAGGUUCACUAUUCGGAGAUGAGUCACCUGUAAAAAUUCCGAAAUCUCAUAAUCUUGAAGCUGCUGUAGAUGUAGCUGCUUUGUUACAUCGUACCAAUUCUUUACAAACAGAAAUGUGGAGUUUAUACGAAAAUGAAAUUUGGGGUGAUAAUUCACCUUCUGUCAAUAUCAAGUAUCCACUUCGAUCUGAAGUGUUGCCUAAUUAUCCUGCUAAGGUUUAUCGCCUAGAGGGUUUAUUGUCAGUUUCACCGUUUCAUUUAUUUAAUGAUAUGGUUAUAAAUGUCCAUGAAACGCCUAGCUGGAAUACUACUCUGACAUCCGUUGAGUGCAUCCAAGCCUUGGCUUCAGAGAAUAUUGACAUCAUACACAAUAUGGCUAAAGAGGCUGUCGGAGGUUUAAUAUCUGCCAGAGAUUUUGUUCUGUUGAGAUCAUGGGGAAUACAUAACAAUAAUUGUUACUUUAUAUGUUGUACUUCUGUUGAACAUCCUAAAUGUCCACCGAUUCCAAAUUAUGUACGUGCUGAACAAGUAAUUAGUGCGUGUAUAUUCCGACCAAUUCCUGAUUGUCCAAAUCAAUGCAAUUUAGUAUGGUUCUUAUGCAAUGAUUUAAAGCUGGGAAUUCCUCAAAGACUUCUAGAUAGAUCAUUGAAUUCUCUUCUACCUUCAAUGAUGGCUGGUUUAAUCGAGAGAUCUAAAUUAAUAGAAAAUACUCCUGUUGAUGACUUUUUUGUUAAUAUUCAACCGCGCCGUGCACAUAGAAAGAAAAAACACGGUAAACGUUCAGCCAGAAAACAUCAUGCUCGUUCAAAGGCCAUAAUAAAGGCGUUGGAUUCAGUACAAGAAAAUGUUAGUCAUUCGUCUGAAGACAGUGGUACUGCUGCUGAUAAUUUACACUCAGAAACUCAAAAGUUAAUUUAG